AUGCACUUCGGAUAUGCACUGGAGCCUUUAGAACUUCUCCAGUGGGAAGCUUAUAUGUGGAAAAGUUUUCUUACUGAAUAUUUUAAUUCUAGGAACCCACAGUGGUCAGAUGAUGAGUUCCUAUGUGCCAGAAAUGUUAGCAAUGAAGUGCACUUUUUUGAAAAAGCAAACUUUGAUAAAAUUGCAAAAAAAAUUUUCAUGCAGAAAGUAGCCUAUUUCAGUUUAGCACCUGGCGAGCCUCCAUACCAUAUUGCAUGCUUUGUACCUGGUGUAAAGGGUCAGCCUUCUUUUGUAAGGUUAUUUAGGUAUCCAAACUUUGAAGGGCCAAGUGCAGUUAUAGCCCAAAAAAGUUUUUUCAAAGCUGAAAGGACAGAUUUCUACUGGAAUAAAACAGGAAAAGACUGUAUCUUUUUAACAUCUGUUGAUGUGGAUAAAAGUGGAGCUUCCUAUUAUGGGGAAUUAAACCUUUAUUAUGCAUCAACUAAAGGAGACACUGCUAAAGUAGCACUUGGAAAAGAUGGCCCCGUGUAUUCUAUCCGCUGGAGUCCAAAUUCAGUAGAGUUUUGCGUUGUAUAUGGUUAUAUGCCUGCCAAUGCAACAAUCUAUAAUUUGAAAUGUGAACCUGUAUUUGAUUUUGGCACUGGUCCAAGAAAUGAAGUACAUUACUCACCUGUAGGGGAAAGAUUAUCAUUAUCUGGAUUUGGUAACCUUCAAGGACAAAUUGAAGUAUGGGAUUUAAAACUUAGAAAGCAAAUCAGCAAAUUUCAGGCUGCAGAUUCUACACUUUUGGAAUGGAGUUACGAUGGAGAAUUCAUAUUAACUGCAACCACAUCUCCAAGACUUCGAAUUGGAAAUGGAUACAGAAUAUGGCACUACACUGGAAGUUUGCAGCAAGAAAUUAUUUUAGAUACUUAUGAAGAACUGUAUGAUAUCAGGUGGAAACCUGUGCUUGAAGGAACAUAUGUAGGAAAACCCGCUAUAUAUACACCAGUGCCUGGCAUAAAGUCAAAGUUUGCUCAAGUCUCCAAAGAAGUUUAUCGGCCACCAGGUGCUCAAGGCAAACCAGCAAGUUUCAGGCUUCAUGAAGAAGAACCACCUAAAAUUUCCUCAAGUGAUGCAUCAAAUGUGCAACUGUCUAAAAAUCAGAAGAAAAAUUUAGCUAGGAAAGCAAAGAAAGAAUUGGAAAAAUCAUUUGAAAACAAUGAUGAAAAAUCUAAACCUGAACAAGCUGUACAGAAUGAAAAGUAUUCUAGAGAACUUACAGGUGAUCCAGAAAAGGACAAGAAAAUUAGAGCACUGCUAAAGAAAUUAGAUCAGAUUGAAAAACUGAAGCAAGAUCAGCAAGCUGGAAAAUCUUUAGAAUUAAAUCAAGUUAGUUUUUAUUCUUUGUGUUCAAUAAUUGCAUCGAAAUGCUUGAAAUUCUAA